UUAUGUAUUCAGAAAUAUAUUUCAGAAUAAUCCAACAGAAGCAAGGCAGAUGCUUUUGCAGAAUCCUCAACUGGCUUACGCUCUUCUUCAGGCUCAAGUUGUAAUGAAAGUUAUCGAUCCGCAAACAGCAGCUAGCCUAUUGCAUCCCAUCAAUCAAGUUCCAGCGACUCUGAUGCCUGGUGAUAAGAAUGUUCCAGUUCAGGUUCCAAUUAGCAAUCAAUAUAGAGAACCUCCUGCACCAGUACAGCCGCCCAGGCAAGAAUUUCAGCCAGUACCAGCGCCAGUUUUACAUCCAAGUGCCCAGCCUUCAGUGUUUGCAGGUCAAGACAUAGAUCUAAGAUCUAUUGGAGGCUCGACAGAUCUAAGAAUGACAAGAUUAGGGGAUCAGGAUAUGAGACAGAUUCCUGGACCAUUACAGAAUCCUUUGCCACCACCGGUGGCUGAAAGGUACGAUAUUCUUUAUAUUUCAUAUGCUAAUUAUCUCAAUGUGUUAAGGUGAUCAAUAUAAGGAAGA